UACGGGGAAGUGUCAAAACAAACUGGGGGAAUUCUGCUGUCCAAACCUGGGAGUUACAGCGACUUUUCACGCGCCGCUCUCGUCUGCAUGCAGCUGUUUUCUUACUUGAACAUAAGGGAUCGGCUUUUCCCCCUCCGGGAAACACUUGCCUCCACAUGAUGGCUUUCACUAUGCUGAGGCCGGUCUCGACGCAUUCCUUCUCUUACCCCGCUGACCUGACCUUGAUGUCGGACGACGAGGAGGGGAACCGCAGCGAGAGCGACGGCAGCACCGACCAGGGCUACGGCUGCUGCGGGAUUCCGGGGGACGGUUACGGGCGGGGGUCCUGCGGCGUGGUGCCGCAUCGGAACGCCGCGAACGCCAGGGAGAGGCACCGGACCCAGAACGUCAACACGGCCUUCACGGCGCUGCGGACACUCAUCCCCACGGAACCGGUGGACAGGAAGCUCUCCAAGAUCGAGACGCUGCGCCUGGCGUCCAGCUACAUCUCGCACCUGGCCAACGUGCUGGUGGUCGGCGACGGGAGGCAGGACGGGCAACCGUGCCUGAGCUCGGUCUACAAGGAGGUGAAGGGGGGCGGAGGAGGCAAAAAGCCCCGGAAUAUCUGCACGUUCUGCCUCAGCAACCAGCGGAAAGGGGUGAAAGACAGACGAGACUGUGUGAAAAUGCACGGCAGUGGCGCAAGACAAAUUAGUCGACGGUGAAACUGUCUGUGAGGAGGAUUGGAUGGACUCUUCGGAGCAGACUUCGGGCAAACCUCCACCGACCGUUCCUAGAGUCUGGAAGCAGCUCAGCUUUUGAGGGCCACUCUGACUUUGUGGUUUGGCUCCUUGGUCACUUUGCCCUGUGAGAUUAGAGGAUUUGCACCAAAAGCAUCACCAGCAGAUACACUCACACCUGCCAGCACUAAGUAACGUAUGAGGGCAAUAUUGUAAAAGGGAGAAAAUGAGUGCUGCUAUGUGGAUGUUUUGUUCAUUUGAAUGACAAACAUGUUCAGGGGAUUGGUGAAUUAGACAUACAGUGGAAUUACACAAUGAUUUCUUUUUUUUUUUUUGCAUUGUUCAUUUGUACUUUAGCAGUUUGAAAUCUGCAGACCACAGAAUAUACAACAUCUCCCGCUCUGGAUUACUAAAAGGUUUAUUAUCACGAAGCAGCAUAAGUAAUGCUAAUUAUUACUUAAAGGCACAAUCCAUAAUCCAAAUGUAAAUAAAAGGGUAUCAUUGCCACUCAAAUUCAAAACAAAGGAUUUUUAGAUGAGCUUAAAGUUCUUCAAUAAACUAACCGAUAAAAGACUAAAACGUAUGUAAUUAAAGUUUUAUGAUGCUAGUUAACAUGGAUGGAUUACUGAACGGGCUUACCGGACACAGGUCCAGUGGCCCAGUGUCAGGGGCCCCCUGGCCUUCACCUACAAAAUGCACAUAUACAACCAUGAACAGACUCAAAAUGACCAGAAAGAGACAUAA